AUGACUGCAAGCUUAGAGCCGCAGGAACAGCUUCAGCAACAUGCUGAAGACGCGGAGAAGGGUCUCCAAGCUCAGGCACAGUCCGACUUGCGGGGCAGCGGUGGGAAUACCAGCUCCGACAACAAUGACAAGCAGCUGGAACGCUGGAACUCCCCCGGGAACACCGCGAAGACCAUGGCCACCUUCUGGGCGUUUCUGGUAAUGGGCGCAAAUGACGCUGCGUACGGCCCUUUGAUUCCGUAUUUGGAAAGUUGGUACGGACUCAGCUAUACUACUGUAUCCCUCGUCUUCCUCUCCCCCAUAGGCGGAUACACCCUCGCCGCAUUCACAAACAACAUACUUCAUGUGCACCUGGGCCAGCGGGGCAUCGCCUGGCUCUCCCCGGGAUGCCAUCUGAUCGCCUACAUCGUCAACUGCCUGCACCCGCCGUACCCAGUCCUCGUCGUCUCCUUCAUCUUCGCAGGACUAGGGAAUGGCCUGGCUGACUCCGCGUGGAAUGCAUGGGUUGGGAACAUGGCCGAUUCAAACCAGAUGUUGGGCCUAUUACACGGCCUUUAUGGUCUCGGCGCGGUUAUGGCGCCGCUGAUUGCAACGAGUUUGAUUACAGAGGCCAAGGUGGGGUGGUUUUAUUUCUAUUAUAUCAUGGUCGCAUGCGCCGCCAUCGAACUAGCCUCCUGCCUCUGGGCGUUCUGGGACGCCGACGCCGCCGCAUUUCGCGAAUCCCAGCGCAACAUCUCCAACAUAGCAGGACAGGAAGGUUCUGAAGGAGCCGGGGCAGAGGAGAAGGGCGGCGUGCGCCGCGCUUUGCUCGUCCCCCGCUACGCCCGCGUCACUUGGAUUCUCGCCUUCUUUCUCCUUGGUUACGUUGGUCUUGAAGUCGCGAUUGGCGGGUGGGUGGUGACGUUCCUCAUGCGCGUGCGCGACGGCGCCGAGUUCGCCAGCGGGAUGGGCUCGACGGGGUACUGGCUUGGGAUUACUGUAGGAAGGGUUGUGCUGGGGUUCGUGACGCCUAGGAUUGGGGAGAAAUUGGCCAUUGCGAUAUACCUCCUCCUCGCCAUCGCAUUUUGUCUAAUCUUCUGGCUCGUCCCGUCUUUCUACGCCUCUGUCGUGGCCGUCUCCUUCCAAGGCUUCUUCCUAGGCCCUAUGUUCCCGGGAGCCGUCGUGGUAGCGACCCGUCUCCUCCCACGCGCCCUGCAUGUCAGCGCGAUUGGCUUCGCCGCUGCAUUCGGAGCAAGCGGUGCGGCUAUCUUGCCGUUUGCCAUUGGGGCGGUUGCGCAGGCGAAGGGCGUGGAGGUCCUGCAGCCUUUUGCCAUUGCGCUUACUGUCUCGAUUUUGCUGCUUUGGGGUGGACUCCCAAGGAUGCCAAAGGCUGUAUAG